AUGGUGUACUGGACUGUUUCUGUCGGUGGUGGUCCAAAGCUGAAUCGCGCAGCUGCUGCAGUCGGGGAUAUCAUUUAUUCAUUUGGGGUUUAUGGAAAUUCACUCCAUGAUGGAAGUCUUAGAAAUCAAAUCACUGUUUAUGCUCUAGAUACCAGUUCGUAUUUACCACUUUUUGUCGAUGGUAUGGUACCAGAUGGACGUAUAAAUCAUACUGCUGUUAUCUUUAAUGAUGAGAUGGUCGUAUAUGGUGGGAAGACUAAUUUAAGAGGAAGAUUGCCGCGUGAGACGUAUGCUUAUAAUUUUAAACAAAGAAAAUGGAGGUUACUAAGAAUAAAUGUACGGUUUCAAGGUGAUGUACCUGUAGGCCGCGUAUUCCAUACGUCAUGUGUGAUUGGGACGAAAAUGUAUGUAUUUGGUGGGAUUAGUAAUGAUUUGCGUGAUCAGUCAAUGAUGAUCCUAAAUUUAGAAAAAAAUCAGUGGGAGCGACCGCAAGAAAGGGGCGAUAUACCAAUAAGACGAAGUAACCAUUGCGCUUGGGUAUACAAAAAUAAAAUGUAUAUAUAUGGUGGAUUUCAAAAUACUGACGAUCAGCAGAUGGGAAUCGUUCAUGAAUUUGAUCCAGAAACGUCGUCUUGGAGAAAGUUGAAACCGUGUGGUUUCAAUGGUCCAGGUGAGCGACAUCGACAUGGCGCAGUUGUUGUCAAUAAUCGCCUUUUCUUGUUUGCUGGCAUAGCGUAA